AUGUUGGCAAUAGAGAGAACUAUAUUGUUGGCUGGUAUCAUUAGUCUAGCCACUCAGAAAGGGAAAGCUCAGAACAGUCAGGGACUUCAAGAUGUGUUUGCAUCUGCUGUGGCCGACAGUGGCAUGUCGUUGGCAGCCAUUACAAGAUUUCUGAAACCUGCUUGGGCUGCAACUGUAAAUAUAUCAUUGUUGAAUACUACAUGCUUUGACCCUGCUAACAACUUCAGUACGCUGUUGACGUGCUUACAGAAUGAAAAGAAAUGCAUCAGUGUCAAAGAUCUGACAAGUCUCUACAGCGUGAACAUCAGUGGGAGUCUCUCACAACAAGAUGUGGUACACAUAUCCCCGGCUCUGGUCUACUCCCUGAUAUCCUGUGAUGAUCUGCAGCUCACUGACAUCAUCUCACAUCAUGGUACUCCGAAAAGGAGUCUCGUACCAAAAUCUGCAGAAUCCUGGGGCUACAGUAUGCUGUUUGUGACCCUCAUCAAUCUGUGUUCCUUGACCGGAGCUAUUGUCAUACCUUGCAUGAGGAUGAGGAUUUACAAAAUGGUACUCAUGUUUAUGGUUGCCUUAGCCGUCGGAACUCUGGCCGGCAGCGGACUUCUUUUUCUGAUCCCUGAGGCUUUCCUGUUGACGGAGGAUGGUGACAAAGAUUAUCUCUGGAAAGCAACCACCAUCAUGGGAGGGAUUUAUCUCUUCUACAUGACAGAGAAGAUCAUGAGGAUGAUCAAUGAGAGGAGGGAGAAUACCAGUAUGAAGAAGCGAAGGGAUGAACUAGCAACUGAAGGUGCAGUGACCACCUCGUUCAGACGCAUCCCUUUAGACAACUCUCUACCCGGCAAGGAUCCAGCCCAGAUACCUGACAACAUUGGAGGCAUAUGUCUCAAUCAGGGGAACCCCCACAACAGCCUCCACUCCAGCAGCAGUAGUGAGAUAGCCACUGUUCAUCCCCAUGACAAGAUCGUCGAUAAUAUUGAUUACUCACUCUUCAACAGUGGAGGUGGAGGAGACUUGCAACCAUUGCAUUCACCAUCUUCAUUGGAAAAACCUGUCAGCCACGGACAUUCCCACCAUCAACACCUUCAUCAGUCGAUGGAGAUAGCUCCUGUGGCCUACAUGGUCAUCUUUGGAGAUGCUCUACAUAAUUUUAUAGAUGGCCUGUCCAUAGGGUCAGCUUUCACUCAGAGCAUCAUGACAGGAAUCAGUGUCAGUGUGGCUGUCAUGUGUGAGGAGUUGCCUCAUGAGUUGGGUGACUUUGCCAUCCUGCUCAACUCUGGCAUGGGAUUCCGGAAAGCCCUGAUGUACAACUUCCUGUCCGCCUGCACCUGUUAUCUGGGGACCAUCGUGGGCAUCCUACUGGGGGAAAACACAGAAUCUCACGAGUGGAUCUUUGCUGUGGCUGGGGGCAUGUUUCUCUACAUCUCAUUGGUGGACAUGAUGCCAGAAAUGAACACGGCUGCUGAGUCGGACGAGGGCAAAGCUUUUGGUCAGAAGAAGACCUUCCUCUUGCAGAAUCUUGGUCUGCUGACAGGCUAUGGCGUCAUGCUAAUCUUUGCUUAUUUUGGUGAUGGGAUCAACUUUGAAUAA